AUGGUGCAUUCGGGGUGCGGGGCGGCGUGGGCAGCGGCCUCCGCCCGCACCCUCGCGCGGCGCCUUCGGCGUGAACGUCGGCGAGAAGUCGGCGAGACGAGGGCCACGGCGCUGGCAUGGCGGACGGCGGCGCUGCGGCGUGCUUUGGCAGCACACUGGCAGCUGGCCGACCGCCUCGGAGCUCAUGCCCCCAAGUUUGGGGAAACGGUGGCGGCUGCGCGGCUCAUUGGGCUCGAGGACGGUCUCCAGGAGGUGCUGGAAGACCUCGCCUUGGGCAACUGGGCGCGGCACGCCCCGCCGCCCGGGCAGGAGCGCUUCAGGCCCCCGCCCGAGCACGCGAAGUUGCAGGAUGAGAUCGAGGUCGGAUUGUCCAGGUCGGCGACUCCGUACUGGCCCAGCAGGCCCCCCGGUUGCUGGGCUGAGCCUUGUAAUCCUGCAGUGCUCCUCGCUGGUCUCGGUGUGGAGAUUCCCGAGGCCUUAGCUGCAGGCGCUGGCGUGGGCACGAGCUGCGAGAUUAUUGUGGAAAGAGGUGAUGCAGGCGAGUAUACGCCGCCGCCGAUGCAGGAUGUGACUCGUCUGGGCGUUGGCAGCGGUGACAGCAACGACUCUGUUGUUUCAAGUUCUCUGCAAGACACUGGUGCCACACAUACGUUUUCGUUUUCAGCUUCAUCUCAUGCCGAGAUUAUCUCUUCGAAUGUUUUGAGUAAUCCUUCGGCGGUUGGGACAGAGUUUCAAGAGAGACACAAUGAUGCUUUAGAGUUGGAAAUCAUGGUGAUACCAGGUUCUCUGAAUGGUGGCAGUCAGGUGGAGACUCAAGUUUCGGUUGAUAGAAGCUCGCUGCAAGAUCGUGGUGCACCAGAUACGUUUUCAGAUUCAUAUCAUGCCGAAGCAGUCUCAUCGCAUGUUCUGAGUUGUUCUUCGGAAGUUGAGAUACAGCAUGAAGAGAGACACGAUGCCGAUCCCAAGACGGCAGUCGUGGUGAUUCCAGAUUCUGCCGUUUCAAGGUCUCUUCAAGAUACAGAUACAGGCGAUGCACUUCCACAGGAGAUUCUGCGAAUGUUGGCAGCACAGUUUCUCGGCGAGGAGGUGCAAGAGGGCGAGGUCGUGGCUUCGUACCUCGAGAACGUAGAAGACAGCAUCCAGACAGUUGACGAGUUGUACGAGCUGCAGGGCGCUGUCCAGGAAACCAUCGGCAUGCUGAUCGAUGCGGGCCUUGUGCUGGUGGCGCGUCAGGCUGAUGACGAUCUGAGGCCGCAGAGCCGUGUGAUCAUUCUUGGCCCCUCUGGGCCCCACGGGCGUCUUUUGGUUGGGCCCCUGCAAAGCAAACCCCAGACGUCCCGUGGGUGA